UUGUGCGAUGGUUGGUUCAGCUUCGUGGUUUUACUCGACGAGCAGAGGAAGAAGAUAAUCUUAAUGCGCAUUAUUUUGUUCUUGUUACUGGAGAUAAGGACCUGAUCGAGCAUUGGAACAAUUUAAUAAUUUCUAGUCUACAUUCCCCUAAGCUAAGUAGCGGAUGAGUUUAUGGUCUUUAUAGAGGAAACAAGUGAAGUGAAAUUAAAUGCAGGAUACACAGACAGAUCCUGAGAAUUGUCGGAGACUCGGAGUUGAUGAACAGUUUAUAAAAUUUCGGCCAUCGCCCAAUUUCAAAAAUAUGAAAAAGUUCUUGAAAUAUAAAAUUGAUUGUUCAGAAUCAUCAAGUCAGUCUCCGCCAAACGGCAAUUGUGAGCAGCCAAAUACGUCGGAGAGCCCUCCCAGCAAUAGCCAGCCGAUGGAAAAGGAGGAACAACCUUCCCCUGUGAAACCAGUUGUCCAUCCCCCUUUACCUUUAGAACCGCCACCCCCUGACAAGCUGCCUGUUAUGCCAGUGCCUAUAAAGAAUGAAUUCAUUGAGAAUGAUUACCCAGACCAAGAAAGUGGGCAAGAAUCUCCAAAUUUGUCAACAGCUGAACUGUCAACAGCUGAACUGUCAACAGCUGAACUGUCAACAGCUGAACUGUCAACAGCUGAAUUGUCAACAGCUGAACUGUCAGCAGCUGAAACAGAAGAAUCUUCACUAAGAUUAAAUGAAGAGCAUGACAGCCAGGCCGCAGAAACGCCAAAAGUGACUGUUUGUAGGGAUUUCAUUAGAGGCACAUGUGUUAGAGUAGGCUGCAGAUAUGCACACCAAAGGGACCUGUCUCAGUUAAUGGGGGUGUAUACCUUUUGCCGCAAUUAUCAAAAUAAAGUUUGCACAUUACCGCUGUGCAAAUAUGUCCAUGCUUCAGUGUUUGAAGAGCAAGAGUUCUAUAGAACUGGAGUCCUACCACCACGCGCCCAAUAUCAUUUGAAAAAGCCUUUCUACAUGCUGCCGCCUCCACCACCACCUCCACUACCUGAAGUAAACUCAAGCCCUCCAUGCACUCCAGAGGUGCUUAACGCAGUUGCCCUUCGACGAAAUCCUUCAGAAAAGCCUUUAAUAAGCUGUGUGCCUGUGUCUAAAUUGGAAUCUAAACCAGCCGAGAAUGAUUUCAGGCACAUGAUACAAGCCAUUACUUCCCCACUGAAAAGAGACUGGAACUCGAUAGACCCAUUCACCUCCCCGCCGCGCGACCUCGACCACAAACAACUCUUCACAAAAAAAUGUAAACAUUGCGACAGUACGGACAUCAGACUUCAAUAUAAUAAAGAAAAACUCGAGGCAAUAGAGAAAACGAGCAAAGAACUGAAAAUGAAGUCCAAGCUUCUCACGCAGAAGAGCCAAAACCUUAUCACCAUUCUCCUUACAGUAAUAAAAGAGCAGGCGGAGUCAGUUAACGGGUACAACAAAUUAAAAGCAAGGCUGAACAUGUGCGGAGAAAAAGAAAGGGAAGUCCUGCAGAACAUCAUUGAGAAUCACAACACACAAGUCAGAAGCAAUAUUAUGUAAGAUAAAGCCAUAUUUAAUAUUAGGUAAUAUGUAAUUAUUAGGAUGACCACCAAUGUGUCUUCCACCAUAAUACAAAACGCGGGCGGUUCAUAGUAUUUUAUCUCUUGCUUUCUGAACAUAACCAGCUGUAACAUUACAUGAUUACUUUAACUUUGUGAUUGACGGAUGGUUUUAUUACAGUUUUACACACGUGAAUUUUGAAUUACGCACGACAUGUUUCGGAGAACCUAGGUCUUUAAAUUCAAGCACUGAGACUGGAGAACCCCGGACCCGAUUUCCGGGAAACGCCGGCGCAAGACCACCUUCAACCAGUUUUAUCAUAGCGAGCCUAGCGGCCCGCGCGCCGAACGACACCCUUGGCAUACUGUCAACGCACUGCAGUCUAGGUGAUUGAAAAUGGUGACCUACACUCUCCGAAACGUAUCUCGCGUAACGACAAAAUGCACGUAUAAUUUUAAAAUGUUAGUAUGUCUAACGAUAUAUUGUUUUUAUUUUUAUUUUAAUCAUUUUAAUCAUGCAUUCAUUUUAAUGACGUACCUAAUUUUAAUUUUAUAAUUUCGCCCUCGCCGCCCCCAAUGAAAUUUUCAUGUUGCUUUUGCAGUAAUAAUAAUUUUUAAAGCAACCAAUUGAAUAUUUUAUAAUUACAAAAUAUUUUACACGAAAACAAUUUGAUUCGCAUACCUCCUUAUUGAAGUAACAAAUAUCUAUAAUUGGAAACACAGUGAAAUAUAUUUUUGACAUACAACAAUUUUAGCAGUCAUGAAAAGCAAAUGCGUGUCGCUUUUAAACCUUCACGGCAUAGAGGUAGAGAUAAAAAUGUAAAAACUUUGCUUUCCUCGAUUGUGCACAAGUUCCCGUUGUAUGUCAUUAUUGAUUUCUGUAACCAAUAAUUACGUAUUAAAUUUAUUAUGUUUGUGCAUUUAGAGAUAAUAUUCGUCAUUUUUUAUUAUUUUGUAUCCACCUUGAAAUAAUGUGUUACACGACGAAACGCGCAUAAAUAUGUGUCACCACACGAUGAGCAUGAGCGAAUUAGUGCGCGAGUUCUUUAAGAGUUGAAUAAGAGGAACCAUCUUCGAACCGCGGCGAUACUUCAAGGUAUGAAUGUGUGUACGUCGUCAACAAAGUUUCGUUAAUGUUCAUAAUCCAUUACCAUACAAACAUGUGCACAGGGCUAGUGUAGUAGACGCCUAUCCAAACCGCUCUGCAGAUAAGAUCAUGUCCGAUAUUGUUGGUUCGUUGGGCAACACAUUAUUGCAGGUGACUGUGUGUGUACUGUACUGAAUAUUGACGUUACCUGUUCUCACUGGGUAAACAGGACAUAAUUACAAUUGUCGAUUUAUUUCGCUAUGCGUAUAGUUUUAAGCCUAUGGCAUUUAAAAACUUAUGAAUUGGACGACCUCGCUAUUAUUAGUUUUAUAGUAUAUAUUAAUUUGUUCUCCUUGAUACGUAAUUUUUAGCAGCUAACUGAAUAGUACCAAACAAAAUAGUACAUAAUUAGGUCGAUAAUUACGUCGUAGAUAAUUUAAGAAACUGUCAACUGUCUCGUGAAAUUAAGAGUGUAGAAAUGAAGCAGACCGAGGGCUGAAUUCUAGCCAUUAUAAUGUAAAUAAAGUUCUAAUGGGUUCUUAUCUUCAAAUAAGGUUCUGACAGAAAUAAACGUGAAGCUUGGCAUGUACGUACUAAAAAUAGAACUUUCUCUUUCUAACCUCUUACUGAAUGUCGCUGCAUUCAAAUGCAACAAUAUUACUCGUAAGUGGGAUGUUCAUUUUGCUACCUGAAUGCCAAACUACAUGUUUUUUUCUGGAUGGGACCGUUAUAAGUUAUAAUUUACGGUUAUAGUUUAUAACGCUUUUUUUCUAAGAUAGUAGCCGUAAACUAUCUUAAUGUCAAGAAGAUUUGAUACAAUCUUAAAAUAAGGAUGUAAAUUUUUCGCUCGUCGCUAAGAAGGUUGAAUGUGUGUUUUUGCGUCGUUUGUUUGUAGUUGCUUGUUUUUAAAUACCGAAUGCUAGUAGGUAACCGUGAAAAUAAUUGUGGACUUCAGCAUCAUUUCAAGUUAAAUAUUAAUGGUAUUUAUCACUCAAGUCAUCUGACAAAAAAUACAUUACAUUCAUUUAUCUGUGUCCCAGUCUGUUCUUUGAAAUCGCUUUUAUAUUAUUUCAAUAUAGUGCUGAUAGAAAGCUUAAUUAAUGAGCAAAUUUAAAAUUUUGAAGUCCCCACCUGCUCCAUUUUCACCGUUUUACCAUAAAUGUAAAUUUUACUGGUAUCGUUUCUAUCAUCUUGAGCUUAGCGAGUUUCGAUGUGAAGGUGCAUCCAUAGCGCAGUGAACUUUUGUGGGGCAACACGGUAACAUUAGGUAAUUUACCUAGUUACUUACGUUUUUCCCCACAACAGUUAACAGCGGUGUGGAUGCAUCUUUACAGUCGCCAUGGCGCGCCAAUUUAAAUAAUGCUGCGACACGCGCAAGUAGAUAGCGUGCGGUAUUUCAGGCAAUGAAAAUAUAGUGUACAAAUUUUUUCAAAUGAUGUCCCUUUGGUCUUAAUAGCUUUUGAGUGUACAUAUAUCAAUAUCAGUAAUAAACACGUUAGUAAAUGCUAGACAAUCUUAACGAUGAAAAUGACACGUUGGCAGUAGUUUUAAGAAUUCGUAUAAGAUAUCAUAGUUUUGAUGGUGGUGGAAUAACAAAACUUCCUUCUAACUAAAAAUACAACUGGGAAUACUCUAUUUAAAAAUCGCCCGAACUACAAUACAAUACUCCAUAUAAAGCGUUUGUUACCUAUUGAUUAAACACUAACACAUAUCUCGGUUUGCCAUUUGGCUUAGUGUUUAUCUUAGUAGAUUUAAAAUGCAGCGUGCUAAGGUCGCCAGGAGGUGGACCGAUGAUUUGGUCAAGAUCGCAGGGAGAUUUCUCACAAUAAGUCUUUCAGUUAAAAUUAUCACUACACUGCCGGGCUAGCACAUGAUUGGCGCGACAACUUAACAAUUUUAAUAAUAUACCUACUUGUCUGAUUGUUAAAAUUUUAUAAUUGUUGUGACAUAUCUUGUAAAUAUUAAUAUGUACUUACCCAAUUCCAAUAGAAUCACAAAUACAAAUUUUUAAACAGGAAGUUAAAGGAAUCCGGCUUAGAUUUGUUAGCGGUUUGUCUGGCUCGCAUUUGGUCCAGGUCGCUGUUUGUCCAAUUAGCGUUUAGUCCAAUACGCAAUUUGUCUUAAAAUCCGGACCACCAGCGAAUUGAUUUAGCAUCGUAUCGUAGUUAUCUUAGAUUGUAAAUUAAAAACAAAUAUAAAAACAAAAUGGCGCCCUAUAAAGUUCCGAAAAAAGCGCUCAAGUCCCCGGAACCUGCAGGGGGUCUGAGCCCGAAAAAGAAGAAGAACAGCAAGAAGACGCCAAGAAAGAAGUACAACAACUUCAAAAUAUACAUCUUCCAAGUAUUAAAAAAGUGUACAGAUAUCUACGUCGGAAUCUCAAGAAAAAUCAUGAACGAUUUGGUCAACGAUAAGUUGGAACAAAUCAAUCGCUUGUGAAGCUGGAAGACUAAUAAGCACACUGAAAGAAGAUUACUUUGACCCAGAACGAAAUAAGAACUGCCACAAAACUACUCAUUCCUGGUGAGCUAGGAAAGCACGCAUCGCUGGACGGGGAGAAAGCGCUCCGGAACUACAAAAAAAAAUAAGAACUGCCACAAAACUACUCAUUCCUGUCGAGCUAGGAAAGCACGCAUUGCUGGAGGGGGAGAAAGCGCUCCGAAACUACAAAAAAAAAGAACUGCCACAAAACUACUCAUUCCUGGCGAGCUAGGAAAGCACACAUUGCUGGACGGGGAGAAAGCGCUUCGGAACUAAUCGAACAGCCAGAGUUAUUAGUUUUAGUUAAUGUAUGUUAGAACAAUUCGUUUGUGAAGCUGGAAGACUAAUAAUAGCACACGGAAAGAAGAUUAUCGAUACUAUUGAUAUCGAUAAAUCCAUACUAUCGAUAUAUAAAGUUAGUGAAAAUAGUUACUUAAGGGAGCAAAGCAACUUUGAUACAUUUUCAUUUCUACUACUUCAAUGGAUGACGAAAAGAACCGCCUGUUCCACCUAUCCCUACCGGGCUGUCUCCACUGGAAGGGAUACAUGGAUUUUUUUCCACCUAUCUCCACUGUUAGGGAUCGGUGAAAAAAAAAAACCAUCUAUCCCUAUAGGGGAAAAGACGAUUUGCGUAUAGGACAAACUGCUUUUAAGGCGAGCAGCUAGUAUGUCAAAAUGCAUAUACGGCGAACUCCGAUUGGAACCAACUGCUACUAAGUCAAUUCGCUGUUGGUCCGGAUUUUAGGGCAAAUUGAGUAUUGGACCAAACGCUAAUUGGACAAACAGCGACCUGGACCAAAUGCGAGCCAGACAAACGGCUAACAAAUCACCCGAAACAGUAUUGAUAUUUUCUUAUUAAAAAAACUGUGGCACCCUAUUAAACGGAUCCGCUUAGAACGAGUAUCCACGCGAUGCAAUUGGCGCCCAUAUAGUGCAGGGUCUCUAGAAGUGUCGUGUGCAUAAUUAUUAGAUCGCAGUUUGACUUCGUUUCGACUUUCGACCUGGCAACAUCAGGUUUUUUGACACCUGGGUGCCCUAGGUACUACAACGAUCAGAACUCUAACUGCGGUCUAGUCUGUUCCGGAGACCCGCAUGCACGAGACCACGAUGCAUCGAGCGGCGCACAACUACACAGACCGGGCAGAUAACGAAAUUUCGACUUUCGAUGUUUGCGGUGCUUUACGCGACAAUUUCCUCGUUCGGGAUAGCCUAUUGAAGAAACAUCCUGAUUUGUCUUUAGUCCGCUGUUCCAUAUUCCAUCAUCCAAUCAUAUUGAGCAGUGCUAGUUAGAUUGAACGGUAUAGUAUUCCCUGGUGUUUUUCGUAAGUCUGAAGUGGCUAUGUGCGAUAGUAGCAAUUGCGAGCCGAACGCAUUCUAGAAUAAAUAUAAAAUACUCCAUUAGGUUAGUCAUCUGGUACAACAUAUCUGUAACUUUAUGAUCAAUUCGUUGAAAUUCCAGAGAGAAGUCAGUUUAUAAAGAGUGUUUCAUACAAAACAGCGUUAGUAACAAUCUGCUUGUUGCUGUAUGGCCUUAUUUCGUGAGGUUUAUAUUAUUAUCCAAGUUCGUCAAGUCAAGUAAUUACAGCGUAGAUAAAUAAUAAUUCUACAUAAUUCUUUAUUCUUUAUUGUAUUGCAGUCAUGUUCAUAAUACAUUAGGUGUUACAGUUUGAGGAUGGUAGGUACAUGACACCCUGUCAGGGCACUCAAUUUUCUUAAGUCUAGGUAAUUACAUGCAUCUCAUACAAAUAGCAAUAAAAUCUAUAUUUAUAACUUUAUAUUUUAUCGACGUUUAUGCAACGUUAAAUGUCAAGUUCGUUUAGAAAAUUAGUAAAAUAAUAAAAUAAUGAUGCUAAAUAUUAAAUGUUAAAUGUCCAGGUUAAUUUAUAAAUAGAUUCAAUUAAUGUGAAACAAUAUAGUUAAUAUUAAUUAACUAUAUGUCAUAUUAGAGAAUGCAUAAAUGUCAAUAAAUGUUUACAAUAAUAUUAAAACUUAAUUACUUGUUUAGGUCGCGUAAUAUAAACCUUAUGAAACAACACCGUCUGGAUUUACUAUAAAACAACAUGCAGAUUACUCUACUUGUAUGUAUUGAAAAAUAAAAAUAUUGAUUAUCAAUGCUGGUUAAACAGUACACAGUUUCAUUUCUUUGCGAACAUUUCACAACAAUAAUAACUAAAAACAUCGCAUAAAUUCAUUUAAGGUGUGAUUCACAUUCGCACGCCGGCCCGCGGGUGUAACUGCAGGCGGUAUUGAUAUUGAUGAUUGAAAUUAUUAUUAUUUGAGACUAAUAUGGUUCACUAAAAUUUGAUUUCUAACCUCUCGUCGUUAUUGCAGAUCAUUUAGUUAAAAAAGGUAAAUUGAUUUUUUUUUAGAUACUUUCCUUAUUUAUGUAAAAAACAUGUAAUAAUGUAAUUUUAAUAGUUAGUUGGGUAGUGUACCUAUACAGGUGUUUUUUUUUGCGUACUUGAGUUCCCAGCAAGCUCGGCCGAAUUGCACCUUCCCAUACAAACGUAGUUGGGAAAAUCUGUCCAAGAUUCCGGAAUUUCGAAAUUCCGGAAUGCAAGCCCUACAGUUGAUUUCUAACUAUAUGGAGUAUUCCGGGUAACUUUGAUGUAAAAUUUGACAGGGUUAUUUAAUAAUUUUUCAUUACUAUUACUAACUAUAUUAAAUUUGUAAAGCCUUAAUGAGUACAAAAUCGUUUUACUUGGUGUUGGUUUCGUAACUACGAGUUCUAAAACAUAAGACAAUAAUCCAAAUAAGUAUUAUUUAGGGUCGAUUUUACAUUACUGUAAAACAUGUCGGUGUAACAAAUAUCUGCCUUUUCAUUUUAGUGCCGAGGCGCCACCUGCAUCUUACGUUACUUACACUACCUAAAUUUCCUUCUAGUUUAAAUAGUAUUACAUUAUAUAUGCUUUGCCUAUAAUUUCAGUUAAUUCCUCUUUUUUGUGUGUGUGCAAGAUAUAGACCAUGAAGUUUUGUGAUACUGCUAACUACUAUUUUUCAUGUGCUAACACUAAAGCUGCAUGUGCUUCAAAUAGGUAUUCAAACAUUUUCCUAAAUAUCCAUUUAAUUAUAAAAAAUUUAAAUAAACAGCCACUUUUUAUCAAUAACGUGUUAUUUAUAUGAAGAUUGAAAACUCCUGGCAUUAUCAGUUCACAUUUUUAUCUUUCCGCUUUCAAUCUUCAUGUGACACAUUAUAAUAAGUACCUAUUAAUAAGCUUACUAAAUUUACUAGACAUGACAUGGAUGCCUUUAUUGGAAUGCAAUAUUAGGAACCCAAUAUUUUGCGCUUUUGAGUUUGUAGCCGUGAAUGCUCUUUUUUUAAAUUUAUUUAUCUCAAUGUACAUCACAACAAUUUUCUUAUAAUUAUAUUCCUCGCCAAACUGCGAUUGCAGUUUGUUGGCGAGAUAGCGCUCAUUUUUACAUUUUAAACAUUUAUGCACUUAAAAAACUAAACUUAAACUUAGAUACUAUCCGAAACUAUGAAAUGCAAAUUUGUGUUUAAAAUGGUCGUAGUAUCUACAGUAGUUGCGCUGUGUAACAUGUGAAAAGCACACCAGAACUCACCAGAUACAGUAAGGAAAUUAAAAUGCCAUCAUCGUUUAUGUUAAAGUUGAAGUGUGAAAUAUCACUUGCCUUAGUAGUUUUAGUGUGGUUCAAGACGGCAGUCUCAUCAAGUCACCAUAUUUGUAUGCACAUUGGGUUUGCACGACUUUAACGUAAAUGACGAAACUAGUUGAUCUCGUUAUCACCGACGUUUAUAGAAACGUAAGUACUAACUUGUGUAACUUUUAAAAUACUUAUUCGCUCCUACUUAUUAAACCGCAAGUGGCAUUCUUUACAUUUUCACGAACCUAUAAAAACAAUUUUGUUCUGCCCACGCUUUUAGCACCCCAUUUUCUCUUGCAAUUGCAUUCUGCGGUCGGUCGUGAAUACACCUUAAUGUUUGGAAAGUUUAUCGAAGAAAUGUCAAACUUAAACAAAUAGUCUUGAAUAACCAAAUGUGCCAUUUUCAACCAAAAGGGUACUUAUUGUCGCUUGUCAGUAAGGCGCUAUUUCCAUAUAGCUUCAAUUAGAAAUCAACCUUAUCGACAAGCGACAAUGUGGUACCUUUUGUUGGAAAACGUCACAAAUAGGAAAAAUUCCCGUAAAAAAACACUUCCACCGCGCUGUCACGUUAAUAUUACACAUUUAUCAUUGUUUUUUUUUUUAAAUAGGUACCUACUUAAUUUUGUUAGGCGCCCCAGUUUUUAAAUAAUUCUUGUUACUUGCCCUUGGUUAAAACAUUUUCUUUUAAAUACUGUUUACGUAUUUUUUAGUGUGUUUAGAACUAUAUGGUAUUUAAGGUGCGUGCAGAUUUAGCAAGUGCGCACGCAUGUUUGCUGUUAGUACCUAUGUUGCCCGUUGCAAACUUUGCAUGAGAUGUAUAUUUAGGCGCGCAAUGUUAAGCACUUGCGGCGCAUUCGUUUUAGGUCUGGACGCAUCUUUAGAUUCGUAUUCAAGAACAAUGCAGUCAGCAAUACGUCGCUCACAAACCGAGCGAGCUUUUGGAGGUAAAAUGCUUUUAGGAUAAUAAAAAUGCUUUUAGGAUAUUUAGUAUUUAAAAUCGAACUUUGUGGGUCUUCGAAAUUUUAGUACUGCGGUUGGCUCUUCUUAAAAGUUUGCCACCAAUGCUUUGUCAAAGCUAUAAUGUAUGGUUCUGCGCUAGCAUCAAGUAGUUGUGACUGCUGUUACUGCGUAAAUUUUCCGCCUACAGUAAAACAAAGCAAGUGACAAUUGCCUAUUAGGAAGUUUAAUCACGGGAUUCGUAGGGAACAAGAUUGGGAUACCUAUCGGAAUCCUAUACGGAGCUCGGGAUUCAGUCAUCUCUUUUAAUUUAUAUGACGAAGCGAAUUAUCAUAAAUACUACAAUGUUGUACAUAUGAAUCCAAUUUAAAAUACAUUUUAACAUUUAUAAUAUACCUAAAUGUUUAGAAUGAAAUAAUAUUUUUAAGUAAAAACAUAUUUUGUAAGUCUUUAUUUUCUGCGCAACUUCGUAACACCAGCGAAAAAGUGAUCUACGCUUGAAUUCGUUUCAGCGACAGAGUAAUAUGCUUUGGCUAUACAGUUUACACGAACCUAAGCUGUUGGAAAAAUUACGGUUUAAGACAUUUUUCCGCUGGUGGAUUCAUUUAAUUUUAAGAUUUAUCUUUAGUGAUACGUCUGCGUAGCGUCCAAAUACACAUGAAUUAAAUUUUUAAAGCAUAAAGGCACGAUCCCUUCGUCGACCAUGCGGGCGGACCGCAGACGGAACAAAAAACGGUCAGUGUGUUGGUUGUUGGUCGGCUUUGGUAUGAGCUCGUUCCAACUUAUGUGCCCCGCCCGACGAAUAUAAAACACCGCUUGCGCAACACAGCGUGGCAUAUAAUUAGUUUGGACGGGACUUUAAGUUGUCUAUAUUAAGUGGAAUUUCCAAUAAUAUUUGCCUUCUGCAGGCAUAUUUCCAAUCAAUGGUACAACAUGGGUACAACGUCAAAGUACACUUAAUGUCAUGCGGCAGAUAGUGCUCAGGGCUUUUUGACACUUGAAUGUGCAGUCAAAGAAUAUAAUUUCCGACCCAUUUCGUACCUUGUAAAUAAAUGGAUUUUUAUUACCAUAUGAAAGUUGCUAGAGACCUCAUGUCACUGACAAAGUGAAAAUGGGUAGGAAAUUAAAUUAUUUGGCUGUAAUCUGUUUUAUGUGCAAAUUGUGCAAGAUACGUGCGAAUGUUUUAUAUUUAUUAAGGUGCUUACUUUAAAAUUUGUCUGUGUGUGUAUGUACGCAUUAUUUUUGUAAUGACAUUGCAAUAAACAUUUGUGAAUUUUUUAAAA